AUUAUUCUGGUGCUAUAGUCCAUGGGAUUUAUUGGCUGAUUGAGUCCAUUUCAAGUUAAGUCAACCCAUUGUUGUCACCGCAACUCCGCACACGUGUAGAAAGAUGCGAAAGUCGAGAAAUACUCAACCAGGGGAAUGCCAGUCAAAAGGCCUUGAGAUUCCAGUAUAAAAAGGCAACCCUCCCUUUGGCCCCCACCUUGUCUUUUUGUCUCGGUCUUUUUGAGUGAUGAGUUCAUCUGGCUUGUUUUCAAAAUUCAUUGAUCUUUUUCCUUCUUUCUUACACAGUAAUCGAGUUUUCCCCAUCCGACCAACACUCCAAACUUUCAACAUGCCUUCUGCUAUAACUGAGGUGAAGCCCGUGAGGAUAUUAGUUGCUGGAGGAAGCUAUGGCGGACUGGCUAUGGCGUUGAAUCUGUUGGAUUUGACAAAGGGGAAACACCCUAGGUUCUCGGGGAAAGAUGGGGUGGAUGAUUCGCAGAAGGUAGAUGUGAGAAUAAAGGUUGUUGAUGAGAGGGAUGGGUAUUGUAAGUUUUCCAAGGCUUCCUCUUCCGUGGUUUUGUUUCUUUCCUUUCGGAAUUUAGAUACGUGAUUUCUUAUUACGAAAGGCGGCCAGUUUUGCAACUUCACGAAAAGAUUGUGGGAUUAAAGCACGCAAAAUAAGACACCAUACAGUGUCGUUAUUGAGAUCCCAAAAGCUGAUAUAGAAAUCUUUAUAGUUCAUUUGAUUGGCAGUCCUCUCGCAUUCUCGUCCGAGAGCUACGCGGAAAAGUUCUGGGUCAAAUAUACAGAUAUUCCAGCCCUGAACCACCCAUCAAUUUCCGUAGCCCAAGGCAGCGUCUCAAAAAUUGACCCCGCAUCCAAAAUUGCCACAAUUGUUGAUCACAAAACAAAAGAGACUUACGAGGAGAAAUAUGAUUACUUCGUUGCAGCAAGCGGAUUACGGAGAGACAAACAGGUUGUGCCACAAGAGCUUAACAGAGAGAAAUAUUUGGAAGAAUCAAGAAAGCAAAUUAGUGGUGUUUGUGUCGGUGAGGGGUUGAAGGAUGGAAAGGGUGUUGUGGUUAUCGGUGGCGGUAUGUAUAAUCGGCUUGGAUAUCGAAUUGGACUUGCACUAAUUCAAUCAUAGGAGCUGUCGGAAUUGAAAUGGCAUCGGAAAUCGCAACAUUGCAUCCCACACAACGAGUAACACUCAUUCACUCCCGUGAUCACCUUCUAUCUUCGGAGCCCCUCCCUACCGAAAUGGCGGAAGUAUCACUGAAAGCUCUACGAGAGACUGGUGUAGAAGUUCUCCUCAAUAAGCGUGUGAGCUCGAGUAUUGAACAGGAAGAAGGGAAAUGGGUUCUAAAGCUCAAUGACGGCACAGAGCGAACCGCCGGAUACGUGAUUUGGGCUAUUUCAAAUAGUAACUCUACCUCGGGUUAUCUACCAAAGAACACCGUAGAUGAGGAGGGACUUGUUAGAGUACAUGAUAAGUACGUUUAUCCCUUUACUGCGAAAUGCGCAAAAACAAGACAAAAAAAAGCUAAUCCACGUCCAGUCUCCACUUUGAAGACACCAUCCCAAACCCCUCAUAUCAUUUCGCCUUGGGUGAUAUUGUCAAAUGGUCUGGUAUUAAACGUUGUGGAGGUGCUAUGCACAUGGGUUUGCUUGUUGCAACAAACUUACACCAAGAGAUCCUCGUCGAACGGGGAACUUUGAAGGCACACAAGUUCUUGGUUCUUCCCGUCGUUGAGCCAAUGAUGGCGCUAGCUUGCGGAAAGUCAGCCAUCUCUUGGUCGGAAGCUGCAGGAGUUGCAGCUGGAGAGGAUGUUGAGGAGAUGUUCUUUGGGGGUAACUUGGGUUGGGAUAGUAUGUUUUCCUCUGUUGCAUUGCUGAUGCGUGCGAUUUGUUUUACUGACAGCUUAUCUAGUUUGCUGGAAUUACCUCCAAUUGGGGAAAUCAUUUGACGAACCAAAGAAGAACCAAGCCGAGAUUGCAAAAUUGGAGGAAAAGGUGAAUGAUUUAGAGGUAAAGGAAAAUACCGUGAAUCAGGAGGUUGGUGUUGAGGCUUGAUUUUGGGUGAGGGUGGAAUGGUAGGGUCGGUGUUCACGGCGUUGUAGCUUGUGGGAUUCAACAUGAAUAAAAU